CCUGUUUUGGAGGACGUAUGUAACGUACGUCUUUCGUGCGUUUCAUGAUUUUUACGCGAUUUCAAGUUCUUAAUAUUAAUUACUGCCAGUGAUACCUCCUUCUUGUGCAUAUCUUUAUCACCAUCAGCGACGAUGGGCUCAACCCCAUUUCAUCGUCUAGCUCUGGUCAUUCCUCCACUGUUUCUCACCAUCUAUCUCUUGGCCAGUUUCCCGCGACCACCUACUUUACCCAUCAUCCAUACAUCCCUAGCGCACCUUCCGAGCUCAUCACCGUCAUGGAAUGUAUAUCCAGAGGACUUGUAUAGUGGCGGUGCAUACGCCAACCUACCUCUAGGACGGGUGCGAUAUUGGCUCAUAGGACCAGAGGACGGACGACGUGUUGUUUUGAUACACGGACUUUCCAUCCCGGCGAUCGUCUGGAAAGACGUGGCACCUGUACUCGCCUCACGAGGAUACCGUGUACUUCUCUAUGAUCUAUAUGGUCGUGGUUAUUCAGAUGCCCCCCAAGUAACUUACGAUACCAUCCUUCACACCACCCAACUCGCGCUUCUUAUGCAACAUGUUAAAUGGGAUAAUGCAUUUAUCAUCGGAUUGUCGAUGGGAGGUGGCAUUGCGACUGCAUUCUCGGCCCACUUCCCUCAUCUGGUAAAUGGAAAAGUCGCUCUUAUUGCUUCAGCAGGUAUCAUAGAGUCGAGCGAUAUCUCUCGUACCGCAAAAUUCAUGUCGACUCCCCUCGUGCAAACUGUGUCCGCCCUCCCACCUUUCCAACAUUACAUGCGUCUCCUUGCGAAUACCUCUAAAUCCUCGGAACUUUAUGAAAUCAAUCCGAUACAAGAAAUUGUCCGUCUUCAAACCGCCCAUCUACCUCACUAUAAUGCUGCUGUGGCAUCUUCGCUUCGCGACGGUCCUAUUCGCGGCCUGCACUUUGCAUUCCAAUCACUCGCACACUCUGGCAACCAAGUGUUGCUUAUCCAUGGCACAUCGGACAAAACUGUCCCUUAUAAAUACGCUUCUAAGAUACACAAUCUCGUACCGCAAGCUGACCUCGUCACCAUCAACGAUGGUGGCCACGAUCUCACUGUAACCCACGCAUCCGAGGUGAACGCCUUGUUACUUCACUUUCUUGCCGACGAAUAUCCGUACAAGCCUCGUGAAUGAACCUCACUUGAUAUAAGGGGCGAAUCCUUUUUUGAUGAUAUUGUAUCUGUCUCCACACGCACAUGCUAUUCGCUAUUCAUCGUCGAACGCUAUUCCAUCGUAUAAUCCCCUUGUAUCAUUCUGGAUACCAUGCCCAUCUCGCUUUACUGUUGCCUCAUGUUGUCCUCGCUAUUCGUCCGCGUUAUACUUUAGCUCUUCCUGUUUGCAUUACUCUAGAAACCUAUAGCUUGUCAUAAACACAUUUUUUUGGAAUGAAUGAAGUGCUUUGAAGUUCUAUGCGAUCAUUAUACAUUUAUCAAGCACCGUGCUCCACAUA